AUGGCAACAACAACAGUGACCUCGCACAGCACAGACUCUGAUCGCAUCGACAAAGAGCCACAUCUCGCACACGCAUCAACAAACAUCUCAAUCAGCCCAGAGCUGUUCGAGAAACUGUAUCUCGCGCCCAAAACACCACACGCAAACGACCGCGUGGGAAAAUAUGCAAACGCGACACCCUUGGGUUUCCUAGGCUUCGUAAUCUCAACCUUCACGUUCUCCAUGGUACUAAUGGGCUGGGGCGGUGCCGCCGGAAUGCAAGCAGUCGUCGGCAUAUUCUUCUUCACAGGCCCCCUCCUCCUAACCCUCUCCACAAUCUUCCUCUGGAUCCAAGCCCAAUUCUUCCCCAUGAUGGUCUGCGGCCUCUUCGCCGUCUUCUGGCUCUCCUUCGGCAUGUUGCAACUGCCCACCCUCGGUCUCUCUGCCGCAUACUCGCCAACUGGCGAUGCAGCAGCAGGGAUGGUGAGCAAGGAGAUGAACGCAGUCAUUGCAUUGUAUUUGCUUGUGUGGGGUUUUGCGCUAGCAACGUUUUGGCUCUUUACUAUCCGGAUCAACAUGGUCUUUGCGGGUAUCUUCGGGUUUGUGACGGUCGGGGCUUGGGUGUUGAGUGGAGCGUACUGGGCGUUGAGUACGGGGGAUUUUGAUAAGGCGUUGAAGUUGCAGAAGGCUGGUGGAGCGCUCUUGUUCAUAGUAGGCCUGCUGGGCUGGUACAUGCUCUUCGUCAUCAUGGCUGCAGAGAUGCGCUGGUCUGUAUGUCCGCCUGUUGGAGAUCUUAGCAAAUACUGGGCGAAGACGGAUGUCGAGAUUGGUGCAAAUGCAAGCGAGAAGAAAGAUUGA